AUGUCUGCAAAACAAGAAGGAGACACUUUAUGCCUUUUUAUCAACGGGAAAAAGGUGACUGAGGAGCAUGUGGACCCUGAAACAAUGCUGCUGCCCUUCCUCAGGGAGAAGCUCAGGUUAACUGGAACCAAGUCUGGAUGCGGCGGCGGAGGAUGCGGCGCCUGUACCGUUAUGGUGUCCCGCUACCAACCUGCUUCCAAAACCAUCGUCCAUUACUCCGCCAAUGCCUGCCUCCUGCCAGUCUGUCAGCUCCACGGAGCCGCCAUCACCACAGUGGAGGGUAUCGGCAGCUCAAAGACCCGGAUCCACCCGGUGCAGGAGCGAAUAGCGAAGGCUCACGGCUCCCAGUGUGGGUUCUGCACGCCUGGGAUGGUCAUGUCCAUGUACACCCUGCUGAGGAACAAACCGCAGCCAACCAUGGAGGACAUCAUGCUGGCUCUGGGUGGAAAUCUGUGUCGCUGUACUGGAUAUCGACCCAUUGUUGACGGCUGCAGGACUUUCUGCGCGGAAGCAAAUUGCUGCCAAGCCAACGGUGGAGCAAACUGUUGCCUCAAUGGAGGAGAAAAUGCAAACGAGUCAGAGCAGGAAAAACCUCAACUUUUUGACCAAGAGAAGUUUCUUCCCCUGGACCCGACUCAGGAGCUGAUCUUCCCUCCAGAACUGAUUCUGAUGGCCGAUGCAUCAAACCCGCAAACAUUGACCUUUCAUGGAGAGAGGAUGACCUGGGUGUCCCCUACCACCCUGGAGGAGCUGGUCCAGCUCAAGGCAAAGCACCCAAAGGCUCCACUGGUCAUGGGAAACACCAACAUAGGUCCUGACAUGAAAUUCAAAGGCGUCCUGCAUCCACUGAUAAUCUCUCCCAUCAGAGUCAAGGAGCUGUUUGAGGUCUCUGAGGGACCAGAUGGUGUUUGGGUGGGAGCAGGCUGCAGUCUGGCUGAACUCCACUCUCUGCUGGAAAAGAGGAUUCCUGGACUUCCAGAGGAGAAAACCGAGCUGUUCAGAGCUCUGAUCCAGCAGCUGGGGAACCUGGGGAGCCAGCAGAUCCGUAAUGUUGCUUCUCUUGGAGGAAACGUUGUCAGCGCGUACCCAAACUCAGACCUGAAUCCUGUUCUGGCUGCCGGGAGCUGCGUAGUCAGAGUCGUCUCCGGCGAAGGAAAACGAGAGAUUCCUCUAAAUCAGGAGUUCUUUGCUGGAUUCGGAAAAACCAUCCUGAAGCCGGAGGAUGUCGUCGUCUCAGUUUUCAUCCCAUUUUCUAGAAAGGGGGAGUUCAUUCGAGCUUUACGACAGGCACCAAGGAAAGAGGUCUCCUUUGCCACAGUGACGACUGGAAUGAGGGUGCGUUUCUCUGAGGGAUCCAGAGUGGUUGAGGAGGUCAGUCUGUACUUCGGAGGAAUGGGUCCAACCACCGUUUGUGCCACCAAGACCGGCAAGGCCAUCGAAGGAAGGCCGUGGGAUGAGGAGACCCUUAAUCAGGCGUACGACAUCCUCCUGGAAGAGCUGUCCCUCCCUCCGUCCGCUCCUGGUGGGAAGGUUGAGUUUCGUCGGGGUUUGACUCUCAGCCUCCUCUUUAAGUUCUACUUGGACGUUCUCCAUAAGCUCAAAGAAAUGAACGUGAUCAAGGAAGAGAUUCCAGAGAAGCUGCAGCCUUUGCCCAGAGAUAUCCAACCCAGUCUGCAGGAGUUCCAGUCCGUGCCGAAGGACCAGGAGGCUCACGACCCGGUGGGUCGUCCCAUGAUGCACCGCUCUGCCAUCAGCCAGGCCACAGGCGAGGCUGUUUACUGCGACGACAUCCCCAAGACAGACGGGGAGCUCUUCUUGGUGCUUGUCACCAGCUCUCGAGCACAUGCUAAGAUCACAGGGCUGGAUGUGAGCGAAGCCUUGAAGCUUCCUGGUGUUUUCGAUGUGAUCACAGCCCAAGAUGUCCCUGGGAAGAAAACCCGCGAAAUGUUUGGCUAUGAGCAGGAGCUGUUCGCCGAGGGCCAGGUGUACUGUGUGGGUCAGACGGUGUGUGGGGUGCUUGCCGACACGAAAGCUCACGCUAAACGAGGAGCAGCUGCUGUGAAGAUCACUUAUGAAGACUUACCGGACCCCAUUUUCACCAUCGAGGACGCCAUCGAGAAGUCGUCUUACUUUGAGCCGCGGCGCGUACUUUUCAAAGGAGACGUGACUGAAGCUUUAAAGAGUGCUGAUCAAGUUUAUGAAGGAAAGAUUCAUAUGGGAGGACAGGAGCAUUUCUACAUGGAGACUCAGAGCAUGUUGGUUGUUCCCGUUGGCGAGGAGACGGAGUUCAAGGUCUACGUCUCCACCCAGUGGCCCACACUUGUUCAGGAAGCAGUAGCAGAAACAUUGGACGUUCAGUCUAACAGAGUCAUGUGUCACGUCAAAAGACUGGGCGGAGGAUUCGGAGGGAAGGUGAUUGUAACCUCGAUCCUGGCCUCCAUCACCUCUGUGGCUGCGUGGAAGACCAACCGGCCUGUUCGCUGCGUCCUGGAAAGAGGAGAGGACAUGCUGAUCACAGGGGGGCGCCAUCCUGUUCUGGGCAAAUACAAAGUGGGUUUUAUGAACGACGGAAAGAUCGUGGCUGUGGAUUAUCACUAUUACGCCAACAGCGGCUGCUUUGUGGACGAAUCUGUUCUGAUCUCUGAGAAGAUUCUGCUUCAUAUGGACAACGCUUACAACAUCCCCAACCUGAGAGGCCACUCAGCCGCCUGCAGGACCAACCUUCCUUCCAACACGUCGUUCAGGGGCUUCGGCGUGCCGCAGAGCCUGCUGGUGGUGGAGAACAUGGUCAAUGAUGUAGCCAUGGCGCUGGGUCGCCCUGCGGACCAGAUCCGAGAGAUCAACAUGUACAAAGGACCAUCAGUCACUCACUACAAGUUUGAGUUCAGCCCGGAGAACCUGCGGCGCUGCUGGGAGCUCUGCAAGCUCAAGAGCGACUACAGCGCCCGCCGGCAUGCCAUCGAUCAGUUCAACCAACAGAGCCGCUGGAAGAAGAGGGGAAUCUCCCUCAUUCCAAUUAAGUACGGCAUCGCCUUCGCAGAGAGCUUCUUAAACCAGGCUGGGGCUCUGGUCCACAUCUAUAAAGACGGUUCUGUUCUGGUGACUCAUGGCGGGACAGAGAUGGGUCAGGGGGUCCACACCAAGAUGCAGCAGGUUGCAAGCCGGGAGCUUCACAUCCCGACGUCGAAGGUCUUCAUCAGUGAGACGUGCACCGGUACCGUCCCAAACACCUGUCCCUCCGCCGCUUCCUUCGGCACCGACGCCAACGGCAUGGCGGUCAAGGACGCCUGUGAGAUAUUGUACCGCAGACUGGAGCCGAUCCGGCUGAAGAACCCUAAAGGAUCCUGGGAGAGUUGGGUGAAGGAGGCUCAUCUGCAGAAGAUCAGCCUAUCAGCCACCGGGUUCUUCAGAGGGAAAGACCAUUACAUUGACUGGGAGAAGAUGGAAGGCCAACCGUACUCGUACUACACCUUCGGGGUGUGCUGCUCCGAGGUGGAGCUGGACUGCCUCACAGGAGACUACCGGACGCUGAGAACGGACAUCGUGAUGGACAUCGGCAGAAGCAUAAACCCGUCUGUGGACAUCGGCCAGAUUGAAGGAGCGUUCACGCAGGGUUUGGGUCUCUACACCCUGGAGGAGCUGAAGUUCGGACCGACUGGGAUCCUGUACUCUCGAGGUCCGUCCCAGUAUAAGAUCCCCGCGGUGUGUGACGUGCCCCUUCGGUUCAACGUCUAUCUCCUGCCGGACUCCGACAAUCCCAACGCCAUCUAUUCCUCGAAGGGAAUCGGAGAACCAACCCUCUUCCUGGGCAGCUCCGUCUUCUUCGCCAUCAAAGACGCGGUGGCGGCGGCUCGCUCUGACGCCGGGCUGUCCGGCCCAUUUUCCCUGGAUAGCCCCGCCACCCCGGAGAGGGCAUGUUUAGCUUGUGCCAUGCCGUUCAAUAAGAAGGUUCCAGCCAGUGAGCCGGGAUCCUUCAAACCCUGGGCCUUAAACAUCUAA